AUGGAGCAUGACGGGCCAGGCCAGAUCCGAGGCUCCAUCGGAGGUCGGAAGAUGCGCAGAAAAGCGUUGACUAAGGUGGAGAUCCGGAGCGGUGGCUACAUCGGAAAAGGCGUGAUGGCUGAGGUGGUGCUUGCGCAGACUUCCAUGACUCGGAAGGCGAUGAAAGGCAGGCUGUGUGAGAAGCAGAGGAACAGAAAUAGUAUCCACUACCAUUUCGUACUGCAUGGGAUCCAAGCUCAGUCGGAGCCGGAGUUGACUGCAUUCAUUGAGACAGCAAAGGAAGCUGUAGCGAUUCGCGCAACGGAGGCACUGAAAAUUGGUAAUCACACCAUCCGAGUCCAUGGGGACAACGUAAUGCCAAAACAGUAA